AUGCCUAGUUGUAUUGCAGAACGCGAAGGAUCCCAGGCAUACUUUCUGUUGUCAAAAAUCGAUCCAUCACUUACUCAUAAUAAUCCCUAUAAAGUUAUUUUUAUAUAUAUAAUUUCAUUGCUCAUUGUUGAUCGGGAAAAAGCAGAUAUUUUUUCGAUUAUCCUUGCGCUAAAAUUAAUUGUUUUUUGUUUUUUAAACGUGCAAGGAAUACAACACAUUCGGGAGCACUUCUUCAUUGAUUAUCACUUCAUUGAUGAUCGCUCGUCAGUAGAAAUCGCUGGAAAUGAUCUUUUAGAGAUUGAAUCAGAGUUGAUAAAUAGGUCGAGCUUUUCAACCAUUCUAGCAGCCCUGUACUUCUAUGGUCCUCUUGGUGCUCAGCGGUUAUAUAAUCUGAUUACUCCACUUACUCAAUAUCAUAAUAAUCAUUUUAUCUUAUCUUAUGAACCAUAA